AAGCACCCUCGGACUGCAGGGUUGAGGUGCCACCACUUGCCUGGUGCCAAGGGGACACCCUCACACUGGAGGACAGCCCCCCAGGCUGCCCUGGCACCUCCAUCCAAACUCCUUACCCCUGCUCCUGGGAAAAGGCCCCCGGUGCCAUAGGGAUGGCUAUCCUGCCCCUUAACAGGGAGGGGGUAAAUUUACCAAUUUACCCCAUGGGCUGUGCCCUCCUCCCAGCUUUGAGACUUCAAAUGAGUUUGCUCCAAAUUAGGUGUCAGGCCUUCCCCAUACAGACUGGGGGGCACCUGGGGGGCAUCUUGUGACCCCCCUCCCCGCCAUUCCAGGCAGUCUGCCGCCAACAUGCAGGCACUGGGUUCCUGGGGGGAAUGUCUCUUAGCUGCCCCCUCCCCCGUGCCCUCAUUGGCCCUAUGCCUCCCCUCAUUAAUGAAAUCUCUGUCCUCCCUGAUGGCUGCGCUAAUUACUGAAUUCAUUAGUGGCCCGGCUGGGGGCCCGGAGAGGGGGUGAGUUCGCUGGGGCCGGCGAGGGGUCCCCUACCCUUGUGCCACACUGACAGACUGCCCUGGGACGAGGCCACUGAGCAGAGGGCGACAGCGGCCACCCGGGUGUUCCACCCCACCCCAAACAGCCCCACUGGGGGUUCUGUACCCAGGUAAGGGCUCCACGGGGACACUCGAGUGGGGUGCAGGAGGUAGGAGCUGAGUGGCAGCGUUUGGAGGGUUUGGGGGCCAAGGGAGUGGAGGGCAGAGCAGAGCCCACCCCUGUGGCACCAGGACACCCCCUUGCUGGUGGCUGACACUCCCCCUGUUCUGGUUCAGCCCGUGGUCAUCACUGCGGGGAUCCUUGCAGGACGGGACCGUCAGGCAGGAUUUGGGGCUCGCUGCAGCCCACCCCAGGAUACCUGCAGUGCUUGGGGCCAGGGCUGCUGGCUCAGCAGGGCUGCCAGGGUAAAGCUGCAGCAGUCCCGCAGGGCUGGGAGAGGUAGGAGAGCAGGACAGGAGGCCCGGGGGACUUGCCUGCUGCUGACACCUGCCCCUCCCACCUUUAUGGACGUCGUCGUCAUUCCCUAAAACAGCCGUCGGGCCUGGGAGCCACUUCAGUCCCUUCUCUCUGCCAGCAUCAAGGGCAUCAUCAGAUACCAACCCUUGGGACUGGGGUCUGGGGGCCAUAGGACAGGGCAUAGGGCUUAGCCGUACCGCCACUUCAUGUCCUGUCCUGUCCCCCCAGGCCCCAGCCCCACAUCCCAUCUCUGUACCCCCUUUCCAUCCCCAAGAGGACCCUGGGGCUGUGGAGACUCCCAGGGCAGGGAGGCAAAGCCAGGAGUGACCAGGGAUCUGGCUUCCAGCUGGGGUGGGAAACAGCCUGGGGACAGUGCCAUGGGCAGGGUGGUGAUGUGCCAGUUAGGGGGUGCUGCCCUGGUGCUGCAUUGCUGUCACUUUAUGGAACCUUUCCAGGGGGAGGAGGUACCGAAAAAACCCUGGUCUUGGUGCUUCAUGUCUGGGAGGGUUUGGGGAUUUUGGGGUCUGGAGAAUGAAGAACAGUGGCCAUCCCCAUGGCAUCAAGGCACCUCUGUUUGUGGCUGAUGCCCAAGUGUCCUGGUCCAGCCCAUUGCUAUCACUUUAUGGAACUUCUUGGUGGAGUGCAAAAGAAAAAAAUUCAGCAUGGACUCGGUACCAGGGGCCAAGAGGGGAGGAGGCCUGGGCAGGGCAGAGGAACCACCCUGGGCACAGCCAGCCUGUGGGCAGGGUACAAUAGCAUCUGGGGGGGAAACACCCCAUGAGUAACGGGGCUCUUAGGUGCCGCAAAGUCUUGGAGGGCUGUGGGGACCUUGACUCUGGGCUGUCCCUGCCCUUAUAUGGUGAGCAAAGGCUGGGACAUGAGGGAACAAAGGUCUCCUGGGUGCUGGCACCUGAGCACUCCACCUAGGUACGCUCACCUGUGCACCCAGCUCUGCAGGGAAGGUCCCCUUGCCAGUGGUACCUGUCACCAUGGUGGAGCUCAGCGCCAAAGUCUCCAGGACACUGAACAAGACCACGCCGGGCAUCCAGAUAUGGCGAAUUGAGAACAUGGAGAUGGUGCCAGUGCCCACCAAAAGCUACGGCAACUUCUACGACGGGGAUUGCUACGUCCUGCUGUCGACGCGCAAGUCUGGGAGCAACUUCAGCUACGACAUCCACUACUGGCUGGGCAAGGAGUCGAGCCAGGAUGAGCAGGGGGCGGCGGCCAUCUACACCACGCAGAUGGAUGAUCACCUGGGCUCCGUGGCCGUGCAGCACCGCGAGGCCCAGGGACACGAGAGCGAGACCUUCCGCGCCUACUUCAAGCAGGGACUCAUCUAUAAGAAGGGUGGGGUGGCCUCAGGCAUGAAGCAUGUGGAGACAAACACCUACAACGUCCAGCGACUGCUGCAUGUGAAGGGCAAGAAGAAUGUGGUGGCAGGAGAGGUGGAGAUGAGCUGGAAAAGCUUCAACAGAGGAGACGUAUUCCUGCUGGACCUGGGCCAGCUCAUCAUCCAGUGGAACGGCCCUGAGAGCAACCGAAACGAGAGGCUGAGGGCAAUGACCCUGGCCAAGGAUAUCCGGGACCGGGAACGUGGGGGCCGUGCCAAGGUGGGCGUAGUGGAUGGUGAGGAUGAAGAUGCCUCACCAGGACUCAUGAAGGUCCUUAAGCAUGUGCUGGGUGAGAAGAGGGACAUCCAGCCCGCCAUCCCUGAUGACAAAGUGGACCAGAAACUCAAAUCCUCCCUCAAGCUCUACCAUGUCUCCAACACCAGUGGAAACCUGGUCAUACAGGAGGUGGCAAUUCGACCCCUAACUCAAGACAUGCUCCUGCACGAGGACUGCUACAUCCUUGAUCAAGGAGGUAUCAAGAUCUUCGUCUGGAAGGGCAAGAAUGCCAACAAGGAGGAGAAGCAGCAGGCGAUGAGCAGGGCGCUGGGCUUCAUCAAAGCCAAGAACUAUCCAGACAGCACCAGUGUGGAAACAGAGAAUGAUGGGUCUGAGUCAGCCGUUUUCAGGCAGCUCUUCCAAAAAUGGACUGUCCCCAACCAGACCAGUGGGUUGGGCAAGACCCACACCGUGGGCAAAGUGGCCAAGGUGGAGCAGGUGAAGUUUGAUGCUACCACGCUGCACGCCAAGCCCCAGAUGGCUGCCCAGCAGAAGAUGGUGGAUGAUGGAUCUGGAGAAGUAGAGGUCUGGCGUGUGGAGAACAAUGAGCUGGUGCCUGUAGAGAAGAAGUGGCUGGGCCAUUUCUAUGGUGGGGACUGCUACUUGGUGCUCUACACCUAUUAUGUGGGGCCCAAGGUGAACCGCAUCAUCUACAUCUGGCAGGGCCGCCAAGCCAGCGCAGAUGAGCUGGCUGCUUCUGCCUACCAAGCCGUGGCCCUGGACCAGAAGUACAACAACGAGCCCGUGCAGAUCCGUGUCACCAUGGGCAAGGAGCCGGCCCAUCUGAUGGCCAUCUUCAAGGGCAAGAUGGUGGUGUAUGCGGGUGGCACGUCACGGGCGGGCAGCACAGAGCCCACGCCCUCCACCCGCCUCUUCCAAGUGCAUGGCACCAACGAGUACAACACCAAGGCCUUCGAGGUGCCUGUCCGUGCCUCCUCCCUCAAUUCCAAUGAUGUCUUUGUGCUCAAAACCCCCAGCUGCUGCUACCUCUGGUAUGGGAAGGGCUGCAGUGGGGAUGAACGUGAGAUGGCCAAGAGUGUGGCUGACAUAAUCUCCAAGAUGGAGAAGCCAGUGAUUGCAGAAGGACAGGAGCCACCUGAGUUCUGGCUGGCCCUGGGGGGCAAGUCCCAAUAUGCCAGUAACAAGAGACUGCAGGAGGAGAACCUCUCUGUGCCCCCCCGACUCUUUGAGUGCUCCAACAAGACAGGCACCUUCUUGGCCACAGAGAUCAUAGACUUUACCCAGGAUGACCUGGAGGAGAGUGAUGUUUACCUACUGGACACCUGGGACCAGGUUUUCCUCUGGAUUGGGAAAGGCGCCAAUGAGUCAGAGAAGGAGGCAGCAGCAGUGAUGGCACAGGAGUACCUGCGGAGCCACCCCAGUGGGCGUGACCUUGACACCCCCAUCAUUGUGGUGAAGCAGGGCUAUGAGCCCCCCACCUUCACCGGCUGGUUCCUAGCCUGGGACCCUCUCAACUGGGACGACAGGAAAUCCUACGAGAUGCUGAGAGCUGAGCUGGGCGAUGAGAGCAGCCUUGGGCAGCUCACCUCAGUGAUCACAUCCAGGGAAGAGGUCUUCACUGCCACCACCACCCUCGUCCCCACCAAACUGGAGACCUUCCCCUUGGAUGUGCUGGUGAACACCUCUGCUGAGGACCUGCCCCGGGGUGUGGAUCCCAGCAGGAAGGAGGACCACCUCUCCGAUGCGGACUUCCAGGCUGUUUUUGGCAUGAGCCGCUCUGCCUUCAGCAGCCUGCCCUUGUGGAAACAACAGAACCUCAAGAAGGACAAAGGACUCUUCUAGGGCAGGAGCCUGGGCACAGGAACAAUCCCAGCUCUUUAGCAAAUAAAAUAAGUAUGAAAAAUA